AUGGUAUGGCCUACUCAUCAUUGCAGCAUUCGGCAUAUACCGGCAAAGGUUGGAGCUGCUAUUGUUCAAGCAGCUGCUGCUGAAGAACUAGCAGAAGGACAUAGUGAUGUGGAAGCUCGAGAGCUCACGCGGAUGUCAAAAUCCUUUCUGGUAAUAGGGUUUGAGAUAUGUAGGCAAUUAGCUUCUAAGGGAAUCAUAGUGGUGUUGACUGCUAGAGAUGAGAAGAAGGGUUUUGAAGCCCUUGAGAAACUCAAAAGUGAUGGCCUCUCUGAUCAUGUGGUGUUCUGUCAACUUGAUGUUGUGGACCCAUCUAGUGUUUCUUCCCUUGCUGAGUUUGUCAAGUCCAAAUUUGGAAGGCUUGAUAUCUUGGUGAACAAUGCUGGGAUUCUUGGAGCCAAGAUGGAUUGGGAUUCUUUGCAGUCAUCAAAGGGUAGUACGGAAGAAGUCGUGAGCUCAUUUAAAAAAAUAACGACUCAAAGCUACGAGUUGGGUAAUGAAUCGAUUUAG